GCGCACUUGCGGUUGCAUGUUGUUGGUGUCCACGUGGUUCUGGUGGUCCUGCUGGUGGUGGGCGGGCCUGCAUCGGCAGGCCGACGCCGUCUCUAUCGGGGGUUCGGUAGAGUCCACGCUCGCGUCCUUCCACCAUCCCUUCCUUGAGAUUCUCACCCCCGUGAAUGGCCAAGUGGCGGAAACGACCGAGGUGGACAUCGAGCUCGUCGUUCGAGAAAUCACCAUGCCGAGUUCCUUCCGUGGUACGAAGAUUUGUCUGGGAAUCCACGCCAAAAACGCAGUGCCAACGAGCAACGGUGAUACGGAGACUGGUCUCACCGAGUUCUGCUUUGACCAGACCAGCAGCAAGGUGUUCCACGCGCAAAACCUCGUCGCAGGCAUGUCGUACACGGUCCGCGUCUUCCUCGUGGACCGAGGCAACGUCAUCGCCGUGUCCAUGCGCCACUUCCGCGUCGCCGCCAUCGCGAUCCCAGGCCACGCCGGCCUGGUCACGAUCCUCACGGCGCUGCAGCACGCGGUCACGUUGCACGACACCGACGCGGCAGUCGGCAUCUACAGACGGAUCCUGGUCGAAAGCCCCGAGCACAGCCACACCCUUCAUCUUCUCGGAUUGACCAAGUUGCGGGCAGGUCGGGCCAUGGAAGCCAUUCCAUACCUCCAGCAGGCGCUGCGAGCCAACGCGACCAUUGAGGCCCUGCACAACACGCUCGGGCUUUGCCUCAAGGAGGUGGGGCGAUCAGCGGACGCCGCCUGGCACUUUGAGAAGGCGCUGGCCCUUCGUCCGUCCUAUGUCGAGGCGCGGUUCAAUCUGGGGACGCUGUGGCAAGCCACACAAGUCUACGACCGAGCGAUCGAUGAGUUUCGGACAUUGGCGGCGAUGGUCCAAGCCAACUCGCUGGACCUGACAGUUGCCCAUCAGCGAGAUGUAUUUGUGCGCCUGUGCGGCGCAUACCAAGGCGCGUCCCGACGUGACGACGCGCUCGGGUGUUUGAACGACGCGCUGGCGUUGUGGCCGCACGAUACGGAUUUUAUUAACGAACGAGGCAACUGGUACUUGAAUGCUGGGUAUUUGGACUUGGCGCACGACGACUAUCAAGUCGCGGCCGACGCGGGUGCUCUUGUGGCGACGUUCAAUCUGGCCCUGGUGAAGGAAGCCAUGGGCCACACUAACGACAGUAUCAACGUAUACGCCAACUUGCUGCAAUUAACUGAGACUCGGCACCUUUCGACAAGUCACAUCCGCAUGGUGCAGGCGGGGGUGGUGCCGCGGGUCCUUCCAUUUGACAGCGCUCUCGUCGACCAAGCGCGGCAGGACAUGGGCCGCCGCUUGGAUGCCAUGCUGCAGCAAGACAGCAUCACCACCGUCGACUGGACAGACCUGAUGACAAACCAAUUCCCCACGGGCUACCACUUGAUAUCCCACCCCCACAACAACAACCAGCUCAAGCAAAAGCUCGCGACGAUGCUCGAGAUGUACGCUCCGUCCCUCAAAACCCCAUCGUUCUUGGGCCGUUCGUACUCGACGAUCCCCCGAGAACUGCGACAUCGUUCCCGCAUUGGAUUUGUCGCAGAGGACUCGCAUGUCCUAGACUUGGUGCACGCCCUUGACCAAUCUUCGUUUGACGUAUUUUUGUUUACCGUGUCAUCGUCCGCGGCGGCAAACGUGGCCCGCCAACUCGGACUUCGCCAUGUACAUUUUGUGGCGCUGCCUGCUGGCGUCGGCCCAAGCGCCGUGGAAAUCCAACGACACGACCUCGAUGUGCUAAUUUACGCCGAUGUGGGAGCCAACAAGUGGAGUUACUUUUUGUCGUUUGCAAAAUUGGCGCCCGUGCAAGCAGCGUGGGCACUUGGAUACUCGGACACGUCGGGCGUACGCGCCAUCGACUAUGUCGUCACAUCCGAAUACGAGUAUCCGGACUUCGACCGCCAACACUACUCGGAGACGCCGUUUGCACUCAAGGGCUUGGGCCUGUAUCAGACGCAAUCGAUGGCCCCCAACACCACGACAUACCCGCUGACUAGUCGCGCGCACAUUCGGCAGUUGCUCGUGCAAGAAUUUCACCUCCCCAAGUCAUUUCACUUUUAUUUCGUCGCCGAGCCAGUGGACCAUCUCCACGUGGACAUGGACGCAGUCGUCCGGCGCAUUUUGAAGCGCGAUCCCCUGGGCCACAUGUUCUUUCUGGCGUCGCUUUCGCAUUGGAACGCGGCUUUCGCAGAUCGGAUGACCCUCCAGCCAGGCCUUCCCAUCGACCGAGUCCACUUGAUCGAUAGCUCGGAAGUGCCUGUGGCGGCUCUGCUUAGGGCGUGCGACGUCCACCUCGCGAAUCUCUACACCAACACUUUCCAGCAUACGCUAGAGGCAGUGGCGGCGGGGGUGCCGACGGUGACCCUGCCGGGACAGCUGUGGCGCACUCGAGUUCCGUUCGGAGUCCUCCGACACAUCAACGCCGUCGCGACUGUCGCCACGUCCGCGGCCGACUACGUCCGGCUGGCCGUCCGGGCGGCGGGGGAUCAGCCGUUUCGGGACGCGGUGGUCGCCACAUUGCACUCGAACGGACCCAAAUUGUUUGGGGACGACACCGCCGUGAUCGAGUGGACGCGGUUCCUCCACUUUGCACUCGACCAAGCGCGCCGCGUUCGACAAGAGACGCCCGUGAUGUGACACUGUUCAGUGUAUAUCUGUGUCACAUAUGCUCAUGUUACGAUAUGUUACCACACUAUUUAAGCGUGAUCGAUCGAGUUGAGCUUUUCAAACGCGAGCAUGAGCGCUUGGGUGCCGAGUUUCGGGCCAUUGGGCAGCGCCUACACAAAUAUAUAUAUAUAUAUAUAU